UCUAGCACCUCAUUCAAAUUCCGAGCUUUCAUAGGAAGAGGAGUCACAUGACAUUGAAGUUUAUUUAUAUAUUAAUAACAUUUGAGACAAAUGCAGAAUAUAUAAGAUUAUAGCCAAAAGGCUCAUUUCCAUCUUUUGUCCCUUGACCACCACAUUGGUGCAUAUGAAGUGUGGAAAAAAGUGUCCAUUUCUUUUAAAACUUUUAAAAGUAUCAUGAAGUGGGCCCCGGCAGUGGCGCAACUGGCUGGGGCACCUGCACCGUACGCUGGCGACCCGGGUUCGAUUCCCGCCCCGUGGUCCUUUCCAGAUCCCACCCCGACUCUCUCUCCCACUCACUUCCUGUCAUUCUCUCUACUGUCCUGUCCAAAUAAAGGCAUAAAAAGCCCAAAAAUAAAUCUUUAAAAAAAAAAAGUAUCAUGAAGUGCACAUGGCACAGGAAGACACAUUGUACAUGUAUGAAUAGACACGGAUACAUAGGAAGAGAGAGAGAGAGAGAGAGAGAGAGAAAAGAGAGAAAGAGAGAGAGAAAGCUGUGGUUUAAAAUGUCCUCCCACAGAUUCGGGAGCACCAGUCUUUGCCUAUGAGUUCCAGCACCCGCCAAACAUGCUUGCAAAGAGACGCCCCAGCUUUGUCAGAGCAGACCACGGAGACGAGACUGUCUUUGCGUUUGGAGUCUGCUUCCUUAACGGCCGCCUCAAGCUGAAUGGCACGUUUACGGAGGAGGAGGAGGAGCUGUGUAGAACGAUGAUGGCAUACUGGGGCAACUUUGCACGCACCGGAUCCCCCAACGGGCCUGGCUUGACCCAUUGGCCUGCAUACGGUGCCAGGGAGGAGUACCUGGGUAUCGGGCUGAAGCAGCAGGCGGGACAACACCUGAUGGGUGACCGCUACACCUUCAUGACCCAGACACUGCCAGAGAAGAUCCAGGAGAUGAAGCAGCAGCAGCAGCAGCAGCAGCAGCAGGGAUCACAGCAGCAGCAGCAGCAGCAGCAGCAGCAGCAGGGAUCACAGCAGCAGCAGCAGGGAUCACAGCAGCAGCAGCAGCAGCAGCAGCAGGGAUCACAGCAGCAGCAGCAGCAGCAGCAGCAGCAGCAGCGCUCUGAGCUCUAGAGGAGACAGCUGCUGAUCACCUGAUCCAAUCACACUCAUGUCAGCCAGACCUCUUGUUAUGGCAGCAGAUCCAGUAUGUUGUGGAAAAUAAUGCACUCAAUAAAAAUACAUCUUUAUCUAAAAAUGUUAAAUCCAGUUACCAGAAUAAUUAAAUCCAGUAACCAGAAUUAAAAAUAAUUCCUUUUCUCUACUGAGCAAAUAAACAAGCACGU